UCCGACACAGUGGAUGAAUGAAGUGAAGUAUCUACAGAUAAACACUAAUGUUAGUUAGUUUCUAACCUUUGUCUUAAGUUACUUUUUAGCUAGCUAGUAUCUAACUUCAUCAGUUUAGGUAACUAACGUUAACUCGUUUCCAAUUUCAUUACCAAUAUAAAAUGUAAAUUAUUAUCUAAUGUUGGAAAACACUUGAUCAUACAUGACCCCACCAAGCACCUGGAAACACCUGGAAACACCUGGAAACACCUGGAAACGCACAGUGAGGUGUAAAACGACGUGGUCGUUUCUUGUAAACAGGAUUGCUGAACGCUUUCACCACUUUCCAACUGUUGAUCAGAGCAACACUAAACCCUCAGCUGUGUGAAAUCUCUCCCUUUAAAGAACAUUUCUGAAACUUAAAAAUAGUAAAACGACUUCAGAGCUUCACCGGCCAAUCAGAGUGUAGACUUGAACCAAGUCAGGCAAUAAAAAUCUGCAUCUAUAAAUAAGUUCAUUCACACCUCCGAGCUCUCCCUCCAUCCUCCCUGUCUUUCAUUUCAUUCUCUCUCCAUCUCUCUCCCUCUCUCUCUGUCCAUCCAUGUCUCUCACCCACUGUGUGUCCCAGGAGGACAGAGGUGGGGGGGGCAGAUUUAAUGACUGAUUUACUGACCAGGGUUCACAUGUAAAACAUUCAUUUCUGCAGAGGAGGGAGGGAAGUGACAGAGAGAGAGAGAGAGAGAGAGAGAGAGAGUCAUAGGUUCAUCCACUGAGGCUGACGGACGUUCAGCUGAAGGUCUGAAUCAAGAUGAAUGUGGCUCUGAUCCAUGACAGACUGCACAUUAAGACGUUCUGGGAGAAGAGGAUUAACACUCAGUGUCAGAAUGCUGACAGCGAGGAGCAGAGGAUGAACAAGAGUGCACUCAAAAAGCUGAGGGGGGAGUGGCUGGUCCGACUGGAGAACCGAACCAAACACCUGAAGAGCCUCAACGACAACUACAUCAGGAAGGUGAAGAAGACAGCUGAGCAGACAUGAGGUGAACAGGGACGAAGAGUCUUCCUCCUGUUUGAAGAGAAUAAAGUGACUUUUUGUUUGA